AUGUCGCCCUUGGAGCAUAGUGGUAUUAAUUUGACUACUUUGUUACGUGCCAGUGGCGAACAUUUCGAGAGCAAUGCUGAAAUGCAGCAAAUCGGUAUGGAACUUUUU